CCAGCUUGCUGCUCAAAUCAAAAACCAAACGUCAAACGUACCGGCACGUUGCCGGUCCUAGUAAUUAAGUAAAAUACCUUUUUGUCUUGAAGCCAAGAGAAACUUAGACGUUAAUUUUGUGUUUACUGAGAGGACAAACAUUAUCAAAUUUACAAGAGGUAUUAUAAAGUACCUAAAAAUGGAAGGGUUAGAAUUAGUGUCAUCAAACAAGGUGUUUGGAGGGUUUCAAAAGGUAUACUCUCAUCAAUCAACAGAAUUACAAUGCAAAAUGAAUUUUUCAAUCUAUAUGCCACCUCAAGCCGAAGGUGGUGAUGUUAAGUUGCCAGUUAUCUAUUAUCUCUCUGGACUUACAUGCAAUGAACAGAAUUUUAUCACUAAGUCGGGAUUUCAAAGGUAUGCGGCUGAAAAGGGCAUUAUUGUAGUUGGACCUGAUACUUCUCCGAGAGGUGUUAAAGUACCCGGUGAUGACGAAUCCUGGGAUUUUGGUGUGUCAGCUGGUUUCUAUCUGGAUGCUGCAAAAGAUCCAUGGUCGAAAAAUUAUAGAAUGGGCAGCUACUUGACUAAGGAAUUGUAUGACCUUAUCCUUCAGGCAUUUAGCAGCAAUGUUGAUCCUAAUAGAAUUGGCAUAAUGGGACACAGUAUGGGAGGACACGGAGCUUUGGUGUCCGUGUUAAGAAAUCCUGGCCUAUAUAAAUCGGUCAGUGCAUUUGCACCAAUAUGCAACCCUACUAAGUGUCCAUGGGGUCAGAAGGCUUUCACUGGUUAUUUAGGUGAGGAUAAAAGCCAAUGGGCAGAAUGGGAUGCAACUGAACUUGUUAAGAAAUAUGAUGGACCUCCACUCACAUUGCUUAUUGAUCAGGGUGCUGGAGACAAAUUUUAUAUUGAAAAGCAAUUACUACCUGAAAAUUUAGUAGAAGCUUGUCGCUCUGUUGGUGUUCCAAUUAUUUUGAACCUACGUGAAGGCUAUGACCAUUCUUACUAUUACAUCUCUACUUAUAUUGGAGAACAUUUUGAUUUUCAUGCUAAAAUACUUACAGCUUAAAUAUAAACUAAAAACCAACAUAAAUCAUAGAAAUUAUUUACUAGUUAGUUCUGCACUGUAAAAUCUUUAAAAAUACAAUAUGCUCUACCUAUGUUGGCUUGUCCCGCCCGAUUCAGCUCUCAUUAUUUUAUAUGUUCCCACAUAUUAAACAUUGCGCCAUUCUCAUAACAAGCCUUAUUAACUGACCGCACACUUUUGUUGAAUAAAAUAUUUCUUCAUAGCCAUAUUGUACUUUGUAAGGGCUAUGGCCUACUUUUAUAACAGAUUUAUAUAAUAUAUAUUUCCAUAUUUUUUUCUACUAAAAGUGCAUUUAUAAUAUAUUUUUAUGAAUAAAUGUUUUAUUUAUUA